AUGAACUCGAGACAGGACGAUAACGACCCGUAUCCUUAUCAAAUCGACGAGAAAGCGAGGGAUGAGAAAAUGUGGAAGCUGGUCAUUCCAGCUCGGAAGCGGCUGGAAGGGAUGAAGACCCAGAAGUCAGCGCUUUUGGAGAAACACGAUGAUCUCAAAGACGCCUGCAUUUUGAAGUAUUACAAAAGCUACCGAGUCGCAGCGGAGAGGGAAAAAUGUCCUUACAAAGAAAAAUAUGCAAAUAUAGAAGAUGAAAAUCUGCAGUUGUCCGAGAAGUUCUUGGACAGCAAGAAUGUAACUUGGUCGGCGAUGAAUAAGGAGUUGAUAACUGUGAGAAUCAAUGAUUUUCAUUUUGCGCCGAAAGUCAGAAAACUCCAGCCGAUUAGGUCAGAGAGGCAUAUUGCCGUCUUGCACGGGCUUCAUGCUCAAACUAACGCAGACAUUCAGUCGGUCUUCGAAAGCUCCGAUCAAACUGGCACGCUGAAUCAGAUCCUUUUCGAGCGAAUGCGAAUUCACCGCGUCUUCGAUUCCGUCAAAACCAAAGAAAACUCAAAACCUGCUAGGAUGAGAAGGGUUCGCUUUCCUGAUGCGCAAACAGAAACCUUCGAACAGCACAACACGCGAAAGAGGGACUACACGGACAUGAGAGCCAAUCACACCCUAAAAAAUUACCACCUUCAUUUCAAGGAAAUAAGCGAAAUCUUCUCCGCAGAAAGAGGCCAAAAACGCGACUUCUCCAAGUUCAAAUAUCCCGGCAAACCGUCGAGCCAUUCUGAGACGACUUUCUUCAAUUCGAAAAAGGAGCUUCUCGAUGGAUUCAGAGGAGGAAGAGGAAUUCCGGACAUGAAAUUUGGUCGCUUUUCUGAUUUGACUUCAAAAAGUCAGGAUUCAGUCGCCAGGGAUCGCCAAAUCCUUUCCGAUUUAUUGAGAGACGCUGGAGCCAAGAACUCAAAUUUCCAACUCUCAGCCGCUGAUCGACAAGCUGUGAACGAGCGAAAGCAAUGGGAAAAUAGCCAACGACUCAAACGUGAGAAAGAACACCGAAACAACCAUCAAUGGUGA